AUGUACAUCACCCUCUACUACAUAGUCACCCGGCUCCCUGACUCCCUUCGCUUAGUCAGGGACCACUUCCUCUCAGUUUGCCCCACCACACUCACCGUUGACCUCCUCGAGGAGCGCCUCCUAGCAGCAGAGAAGAGCAUAGUCGCUGUAGGAGCCUCUCGUGGUGACCCUCGCACCCCCGUCUUUCAGGGGUGUUCUCCCUCCCCCCUCUUGCCCUCUGUUGCUUCUGCUGCUGCGGCCGACCUCGUUGGCUUCGAGUCGGUUGGCGCUGCGUCUGCCCCUAGCGGGAAACGCCGCACCGGCAAGGGCAAGGGGGGCAAGGGCGCUGGGGGGGCUAGUGGGGGCGGUGGAGGUGGUGGUAGAGGCAGUGGAGGGGGUGGGGGUGGUGGUGGGAGUGGUGGCGGGGGUGGAGGUGUCGGUGGCAGCAGUUACGA